CAACAACAACAACCUGUUCUAAGAGUUUGCUGCGUCGUCGACUCAUCCUGUGCGGAGACUUUGUCUUUGCCGCGGAGCCACUAAAUGCCUUUCAAUGAGAAAAGGCUUUGGACGUUCAGUGCUGUGAAUGUGUACAAACAACAAAUCACUUGAGUAAGAUGGGUAAUAAGCAGACAAUAUUUACCGACGAGCAACUUGAUGCCUACCAGGACUGUACGUUUUUCACCCGGAAAGAAAUUCUGCGGUUGCACGGCAGAUAUCAUGAGUUGGCUCCACAUCUUGUACCGAUGGACUACACCAAUGAACCUGACUGUAAACUGCCUUUAGCCUUAAUAGUCAACAUGCCUGAGUUAAAGGAAAACCCAUUCCGCAACAGGAUCGUAGAGUCUUUCUCAGAGGACGGGAUGGGGAAUCUCAGCUUCAAUGAAUUUGUGGACAUGUUCUCAGUCCUCAGUGAAAUGGCUCCCAGAGAACUCAAGGCCAUAUACGCCUUCAAAAUAUAUGAUUUCAAUGUGGAUAAUUACCUGUGCAAAGAGGACCUGGAAAAGACUCUGAACAAGCUGACGAAGGAGGAGUUGACCCCUGAGGAGGUGGAGCUUGUGUGUGAGAAAGCCAUUGAGGAGGCCGAUUUAGACGGGGACAACAAACUCUCCUUUGCUGACUUUGAAAACAUGAUCACUAGGGCUCCUGACUUUCUAAGUACCUUCCAUAUACGAAUCUGAGAGGGCUCCGUGGAAGGUUUCCAGGGUCGGCAGCGAGGUGAACUCUACCUGCACCCUGUCCUGGCCACAGCACAGUGCCUGUCUCCCACUUUCAUCAUCAUCACAAAAAAUAAAAUAAAGUUCAUACACAAAUCCUCUCCGGCCUCAACGAGAGAGAAAAAAUACUGGAUUAAGCUUGCAUUAAGCUUUCCAAGGGCCUGGAAUUUCUUCAUGGAAGAUGAAAAUGUAUUUUCCUUUCACCACCUGUAAAAGGGCUUGACCUGGAUUGGUCUCUCAUUGGGACAAAAGACUAUUCGUCUCACAUUUUAAGGUUGAAAAAUGGUCCGAAAUGAGCCUGACUUUACAUUGCUGCAUAUAAUGCUUAUCUACCUAUAUUGCACAUGAGAGUCUUCCUACAGUGACGGAUGAGAUAUCAAGUAUUUAUAAGGAUAAGCUUGAAGUUAAUGAAAGCAUUAAGGGCAUAUAGAUAUUUUAUAAGAGCUAUGCAAUAUUUGUACACGCAGUGUAAUUCUUUUUUUUUUUUUGCUUGUGGCACUAAUGAUGACAAUCUUAUCUUACUGUUCUCCAGUUACAUGAAGGGCUCUGUCAUCGAAACAAAAUAUUGGUAGCUUUCUUCUGCCUCAGCCAUUACACAGCCAUCUUUUGGAUAUACACGUUACAGUAUUUUAUGUGACUUCAGGUAUUUGUGUUACUUUGAAUAAAUGUGUUUUGUGAAUGCAUUUUUGUGUGUGAGGGGGGUAUUUUUGACGCUGAAAAGGAUGAUACAAUCCUUGAUACUUAAAAAUGUGUUAACC